GCGGUUAUCACAACAUGCAAACGUAAAUGAAUGUCGGCAUUAUGUUUACAAAAUCGAAUUCCCGGUAAAGAAAACAAAACGUCAAUGAAAAGUAAUAAAAUUGUUAAAAAUACGAAAGGCAGCAUCAGUGAACUUCACAAAAGUAGCUGGUCUGCAGUAUGGAGGUGAACCCAGGUCCUCCCAGCCAGUGCUAUUGCUGUGAACGUGUCACCCCCUCCCUCAUGGACAUUGACGCUGCACUCAACGAGCUUGGCAUGCUCAGCUCUGUCACAGACAGCAGAAGACAGUAUUUACAGGAGAGGGGACGAACAAGAAGUGAAAGCGCCAUACUGACAAAGCAUUCAAGUAGGCCCAAGGCCCACAGUCUACCAGUGAGUUCUUCCAUGUCAAACUAUCACAUUCUACACAUUGACACUAAAUACGUGACCGGGUUUUCGGACACGCAAACACGUGUAAAUUCCAGCAACGAGGCUGGUUCAUCUCAUGAGCCAGAUCAACGCAAUGAUGAAGUAUUCGUAGAUCACAGUAAGGAGUACAGAAACCCGCGUGAGGAUAUUGAUUCUUCCAUUGAGAACAACAGAAGAACGAGAAUGAUGCGAAUGAAGCACAGGCAGACAGACUUUUCGGCUCGAAGUCGAAGAAUGUUGGCUCGAAAGCGUGCUCAGCAACCGUACGAAGUUCCAUGGCGGUUGACCCAGUCUUUCCAGGAGGGUCUCCUCCUGAAGCCAAAUGAUCCCCAAGAAUCAAAGUCAAAUUCAUCUUCCCCGGUGAAACCUAUAAAUCCAGAAUCUUUGCCGAGAUCAAGGUCACUCGACAAUCUCGACUUCUCUUCGUUCUUCAUCAGUGGGAGCCUGGAGAGACCUGAUAUUGACAAUGUUGCUAGUGGCAUUAAAAACUUAAAUGUCUCAGACACAUAACAAAAACUUUGUUGUUGAUGUUUCUGUUGUUUUGUUUCAAUAUGUGGUUGUGAUUAUAUGUUGACCCUUUUUUCAAUGUAUUGGCUUAUUAUAUUGAAGUUAUGAGGAGAUUAACUUAUUUCUGAGUAUUUUGCAAUAAUAAACAAGGUUUUCCUUGCUUCACA